UUUCACCCAACCACUCCUAUCAACUACUCCCAUUUAUGAGAAUCCUAAGCAAAAUAUUUGUUGUAUAGUUGGGGUGUAAAGCAUUAGUUCACACAUGCUCAUUCAUAGCAGUGAUUUGUGGACAUAAAAUUUGGCUAGAAUCCAAUUAUAUAUGAAGGAAAAGCUGUGGCUUGAAUGAUUUCUGCUUAUUCAUUCAAGCUGGGGAUUUGAUUCUAAUGUUCCAAGAUUUGGCUGCAAGUUUCAAGGGAACUCUCCAACAGGAAAAAUAAGGGGGGAAUUUGAGGAGUUUGGUAGUUGGUUUAGUGUUGAAAUUCAGGGCGGAAGGUUUUGGAAUUUGGAAAAUGAUACGGCUGUAGCUAAUUUGAGGUCAAACAUAAUGCACUGGAGGCUGCAAUUGCUUAGAGAUCUGUCGUUGCAUUCUUUAAAAGCUUCAAGAUGAAGAAGGAAUUGAGGAAAAACAGAAAGAUAUAUGUGCUUGAUAAUAAAGACGGAAACAAAAAAGAGUUAUUGUUGUAUUGUUGCUUUAGGGGCAGUGGCAUUUUUCGACGCUUUAAUCAUUCUUUUUCCAAUUUGCUAAUUGAAUAAUAUCGAGAUUCGAGUUGAUGAUUAUUGCUUUAGCAAGUUUAUUAAUGGAGAUAGUUGUAUAAGACAAAAGCCCUUUGCAAUUCAUCAAGUUGGAACCAGGAUUAUUACAAAAGAAUGCGUGGUGACCCACCCAUUCUUUACUAACACGAUGGAAACUAUAAUAUAUCCAUUUCUCAAUUACUAAAAAUUCAUCCAAAUUGCUUUCUUUUUGCCCUUUUCCUACUUUCUUUGUCUGUCGACCUGUUUUCCUUGUGUCCAACCAAAAAAUAACCCUCCUUCUGUGACCAAUUUUACCUUUUGUUGCAGGGAUGACUAGAUUUGCCCAAGGCCUAAAGGGCAGCUAUAUAUUAGAUGAGAAACCAAGAGUGUAUGAUUAACUUGGAAGAAUGAAAUUUGGACUUAAAUUUGCCUUUAUAUCUAGAUUUGAAGUAUGACCAUCGUUCAAAUAGUUGUUUUAAUAGUCAUUAACAUACCAAGAUUUUUUGGUAUUAGAUAAUGAAGGUAUUUGAUUGUUGAGAAAAAGCCCAUGGUUCUUGAUAAGCUUCUUCAGAAUUUGCAGCCUCACUAAAUUUGACUUUGCUCUCUCUGUCCCUUUCUAGAUGCUCAAAACGUCCAAAAGAGGAUUCUGUAAUGAACACGGCUUGAAAGAGGGAGCCAGGAAAGACUAGGUGACAGAUGGAUAUAAUUUCAUGGUUUUCAAAGAAAGCCUCUAGUCAAAGGAGAGAUGAGUUACUUUUUUUCCUUCUCCUUCAACCACCCUUAUUGAUUAAUCCUUCUGCUUUCCCCCUUUUUGACUUUUGCAUUAUCAGCAGUGGCUGCUAGACAACUCCUUCGGUAUUUUUGCAGCCUCACCUGUAAAGUAAGCCCAACUAUUUGUAGUUUUCUACUAUCAAUAGACAACUUCCACAGUUAUUGAACAUAGCUGCAUCAGCAUUGGUUACUAUUUGUAGUUUUGGAACUCGCGGGAGCACAAGUUCCCCAAGUGUUUGAUCCUUUAUUUGUCCAAAUAAUAUGCGUACGAUACAUGUUUUCUUAACUUUCAAAGGUCAUACGUACAUUUAUUGAUUGUACAUUGUCCAUUAUUGAAUAGAAAUUAUGAAUUUUACAUUCCUUCUCCUUCACUCUCGUUUAUUGUUAUCCUCUAUGAUUUAUACAGUUAAAUGAAUAUUGUGUUCAUAUGUAAUCAAAUUCAUUUACGAAGAGAUGGCUCCUUUUAGAACAAAAUUUGGAGACGCAUUUUUCAUAUUUUGAUGAUGAUAAACCAAGAUUCAUCAUGAUUUAAAUGCACAUGUGGCAGAACUGCCAUUGAAAAGUGAAUAAGGGGAAAUGCUGGAAAUUGGUGGCAAAGGGGAAUGAUUUGUCCGAAAGGGCAUUUGUUGAUCAAGAAAAGUCCAAAACAAGCCCAGUUCUGAAAAAGGGGGAGGAUGGUGAUUCUCCCUCUGGACCAUGUCAAAUUGGCAUCCAAUGAACUUCCAGCUACAAUCACAUGGGCUCCUGACCACAAUAGUUGCAUGCACACUGAUCAAAAUCUAUUUCCCAAGUUUCUUCAGGUUGCCACCUCUCUUUAUUUGAAUGAAAAGCAAACCAGGAACAGCUGAAUAAAGCUGAGAUCACCGCAAAGUAGAUUCUUGCUUUAAGUGCUUUCACUAUUUAACCUUGUGUUUCUUCUUCACCUUUUAUUUCAAUUUAAAAUGGGAGGGUUAGGUACCUUACUCAAGAUCUUUUAAUGGGAUAUGCAAUCAAGGUAUCUUGAUACUUUAGUGCUUGAUUAGGUUAAUCUAUAAUAAAUUAGUCCUAAUACCAACCUAUCAAAUUUAGGAGUAGUACAAUUUUUUCUUUUGAUGAAUAUCAAUCACACACACAAUUCAAUCCCAUUCAACGAUGACAGUACUCCAUUUAGUUGGAAUCCAUUCUAAUUUUUAGAGCUUGUAUUUUAAGUCUUUUAAGUUAUGGCUAGAAUGACAACAUCAUGGUCAAGUAGAGAGCUCACAACAAAAAUUAUAAGAACGACCAUUGAGUAACCUUUGCUAGAAGGUGAAGAUAGCGACGAGUUAUUGACUUAAAAGGCUGGCUUUUUUCUCACGAGGACCUUCCUUCCUCUCCUCUUUGUCUCCCCUUUUUAUACGUUGCAACAAAACUCUCCGCACUCCUUAUAAUAGACGUUGAAUUAGAUUAGACAAUAGAGGUAGAGAAAAGAUAGCUAGAGAAAGAAAUCAUGGGAUCCGAGGCAGAGAAAGAGUCGAGCUACAAACCAAAGCUACUGCUGUUUUCAGCUUCACAUGCACACAUGCAGUCACCAGAAAGAUCAGGGAUGUUAACCCCGCCAUUACACGCCUCCGCCUCGGUCCCAUUUCGCUGGGAAGAGGAACCAGGAAAACCCAAACCGUGUACAACACUCACCACUUUUUCUAACCCAAAUGACUUUGCUCAAAAGUGCCUGGAACUGCCUCCGAGGUUACUACAGGAUGCCAAGAUCACCAAGCUGCCCUCACCCACCACAGUCUUGGAAGGUCCUUACAUGGGCAGGGCUAGAUUUCAUUCUUCUUCUUUCAGAAUGGGAAGUGAGUGUUAUGGAUCAUUUCGUGCUGGCAGUUGUAGUCCUGAGAUGGUGCAGUUUGGUACUAUGGUUCUUAGUAAGAGAAGGUACAGAGAAAAAGGGUUUCUUGGUUCUUGGAGGAGAAGGGCCUUCAAGGCUAGAAGAGAAGUUGGUGGGAAUAGUCAUGUCUUUCCAUCUUCUGGGGAUAGAGAUAGUGAAUGCUGCAGAGAAGGAGACGAAAGCAGUAGUACCAGUGUUAGGAUCACAAGAAUUAGAAGGAACGGCAGCUUUCCCAGUCUCUCACAUUCCAAGUCCCACUUCUGGGCAAGUAUCUAUGAAGGCUUAAAGCAAGUGGUUCCAUGGAGUAAAAGGGAAAAGAAGGAUGGAUUUAUGGGCUAACUUUUUCAGGCACUCUACGAUACGAACAGUUGAUUAAUUGCCCGCAGGCCGCAUUGUUCCAAUCCAUUUUUAGCCGGUUGAUACUUUCCUGUGAACGAAAAUGACUAAUCAAAUGUAAUAUAUAUAUAUAUAGCAAGACGAUGGCUAUCACUACUUUGUUUCUUCUCUAGUUGUGGGGCUGUAUUCAGCCAAGUAUUUUUGGAUGGGUCUAUAUGGCUAUGGCUGCAUUCUUAAUCUUUUGCAUGUAAAUCAAUGUGAAAGUUUUCAGACUUUGUUGGCCUGGAUAUAUAGCUGCAAUAAAUGUAUCAACAGGCCAUCAUACCACGGUCGGUGGGACGUGAGAAAGUUUUUAAGGAUGUGAAAUUUAUGGUUUAGCUUUUUCGAUUGCGACUGGAUAAUGUAACACUCUACUAUACUGUAUCAUACCAAUCUUUACCAUUUACGAAUUACUACUAUCAUCAUUGCCUACUGUUCUUUCGGCUUCUUUGUCUUUAUGUUGCGACAGAAAACCCACUCAAGCAGCAUUUUAGGCACAAUUAUGUUUACGGUUGGGGAAUCCGGCAGCCGGGGGUGUUAUAGGACAGGACGUGGCUCCUCCCAGGAGUUGAAGUUCCCCUACUACUUCAGAAACCGGAGGAUUUGUAGUUUGACUCACUCAACUACUAGUCUACUGCUUUGAACCAUUUUAUACUACCCAUAGCGUUUUCGGUGCACCAAUACAGAGAACAGGUUUUCAAGCUGCUCUUAACCACCUGGAACUCAAUAAGAAGCCAACCCGAAGUUCAUUUAGGUGGGGUGGGUCUUUCCAUUGAAGUAGUAUCAUUCUUAUGGAAUUCAUGUCCUGCUCCCUUAUCCAAGAUGACUCCUCCAUGUCUUUUUUAACUCCAUUUAUUGGUCUGAAUAAGAUUUAACUUAUUUGAAAAUCACUUGAAAGGACGAAGAGUUAAUAAAAACGUGCACCUACAUUUGCGAGACUAACAACACAUUUAAUACUAGCACUUUAUUGAUUGUAGCCUAUAACCAGAUAUCAGGAAGGCAUUGACAACAAAGUAUGAGGUUGCCAUCGCCCAUGUCAUAGUUAGGCCUUCAAAUAUCCUACAGAUUUGGAAAAAAAAAAAAAUCU